AGAGAACAAUAAAAAAAUGGAAAGAUUCCAUUUGAAUAAUGCAACAUUUGCUUGUAUUAUUUUCCUCUUCUUAUUAUUAUUCUCUUCAAGUAAUAACAAUAAUAAUAUUUGUGAAGCAAAAUGCUUUAAAUCUAUUAUAAGUUUUGGUGAUUCACUUACAGAUACUGGAAAUAUAUUCAAUUUAUCAGAAAAAUCAGAGUGUUGGUUGAAACCCUAUGGAGAAACUUUCUUUCAUCAACCAACUGGUAGAUGUUCCGAUGGCCGUCUCAUUAUCGAUUUUAUUGCUGAGAGUUUAGGGCUUCCAUUGGUUCCUCCAUACAUUGGAAGAGAAAAUGUAACCAGCAUAAAUUUUAGACAAGGGGUGAAUUUUGCAGUUGCUGGUGCCACAGCUCUUAAUCAAUCAAUUUUGGAAGAAAAUGGAAUUCACAACCCUCAAACUAAUGUCUCUUUAGGCACUCAAUUGACAUGGUUCAGAGAAAUGUUGUCUACACUUUGCCAAUCAACCUCAGAAUGCAAGGAUUUUCUGAAAAAUUCACUUAUUCUAUUUGGAGAAAUUGGUGGAAAUGAUUAUAAUUUUCCCUUCUUAUUUGGAACGCCCACACAAAUGGUUCAAUCAAUGGUACCUCUAGUUAUUAAUACCAUUGGACAAGUUAUUAAUGAAGUCAUUGAACUUGGAGCUGAAACAAUUAUAGUUCCUGGAAAUUUACCAAUAGGUUGUAUACCAGCCUAUUUACAUCAUUUUAUGAGUACUAAUUAUGAUGAUGAUUAUUAUUAUGAUCCAAAAACUGGUUGCAUUAAUUGGCUAAAUGAGUUUUCUGAGUACCAUAAUAUGAUGCUUCAAGUUGAACUUAAUCGUCUUCAACAACUUCAUCCACAUGCCACAAUUAUUUAUGGAGAUUAUUACAAUUCAUUGAUGCAAAUUUACCUUUCUCCUAAAAAAUAUGGAUUCAAAAGUGCAAUUGUGGCUUGUUGUGGAAAAGGUCCAAACCAACCAUGUAGACCAAAUGAUCAUGUUUGUGAUGAUCCAUCAACAUUUGUUAGUUGGGAUGGUUUACACCCAACAGAAGCUGCAUAUAAAUGGAUAGCUCAAGGCCUAAUUAGUGGCCCAUUUGCCAUUCCUCACAUCAAUGGUUUAUGUAAUUUUCGAGUUUCGACGAUAUAAAUACAGUGCUUACGAAUAAGAGGGAGUUUCUCGGAUGGUAAAUAUUCCUCACUUCAGACUCUAAGGUUGUGAGUUUGAGUUACCGAGGGAUCAGAACAAAAGUAUCUAAUAGUACUAUAUAAUUUAUAAACUAUAGUUCCUUUAGGAGCAACUUACCAAGUCAUCUAGCUUUGUUUGUUUAUCAUUUUAUAGAUUCUAAAGUUUAUUAUAUGUGAGUAAAUUUCUCAAUAAAUAUAUGAAAUUUAAAUAAAAAUUAAGAGU